AUGUCGGAAUUCAAGUUAGCUGUCGAUGAGAAGAACAAGGCCACAGAGCUGCCAUUGCGGCGAGUUUGGGGCACUGCGAGUGCCAACCCACAUAUGCGAGCCUUUUGGGGCGCUACAUUGUCCUUUUUUCUGGCCUUCUUAGGUUGGUUUGCCUUAGCUCCUUUGGGUCUGGAAGUGGCAGCAAGCUUGGGAACCUGUGAGAAUCUCAUGUACCCACCGGAGAGCCACCCGAAGCGGCUGGCAUACCUGAAGUACACGAACCUCACUUCUGGCGACCAAUACUGCCAAUAUGGGCUGAUCCCUGACGAUGUGAAGCCUUCGGAUUGUGCCGAAGUACCAGUGCCUUCGGUGGCAGGUGCCAGCACGGAGAACAAGAAGUAUCGGCCAGAAGUAUUGGCCAAGUGUGUUUGCACUACGGGAACGGAAUGCAAUCGCAUCAUCGCCAAUGCCGGAGUUGCUGCGGUCGCCUCAACGAUGUUCGUGCGCAUUGCAUUGGGGACACUGUUGGAGAGGUUUGGCCCCGUGAAUGUGCAGGCAGGCCUUUUGACGUUUGGAGCCCUUUGGGUCGCCUUGUCUGCCCUCAUCCAAGAAGUUUGGCAAUACACUGUGAUCCGAUUCUUCAUUGGGUUUGUUGGGGCCACCUUCGUGACCAACCAGUUCUGGUGCUCCUUGAUGUUUUCUCAAAGCAUCGUGGGCACGGCGAAUGCUACAGCAGCAGGUUGGGGAAACUUAGGUGGUGGCGUCACACAAAUCUUCAUGAUUUCUGUGCUAUUCGACCCCAUGGUGAACAGCGGCCUGACGGCUGACACGGCUUGGCGCGUGUCGAUGACCAUCCCUGCAAUCCUGUUCCUUCUUUGCGCUGCGGCCUUGAAGCUCUUAUGUUGGGACAUGCCAACAGCCAAACACAUUGAUGUGGCCACCAUCGGCAAGACCAGGCAACCCUCAUUGUGGGACUAUGUUGAGGUGCUGAAGGAUGUGAGGGUGCUGGUGAUGAUCUUCCAAUAUUCGGCAUGCUUUGGCGCAGAGCUAGCCAUGAACAACCAGCUGGCCACACAUUUCAGGACCUAUUUCCAGAUGCCUGCAGCUGAUGCUUCAGCCUUGGCCGGAGCUUUUGGGUUGAUGAACCUUUUUGCCAGAUCUUUAGGUGGCAUCAGCAGUGACCUCCUCUUCAAGCAUGUGGGUUUCCGAGGCCGAAUAUGGGCACAAUUCUUAACUCUCUUCUUCGAGGCAAUUUUUCUCUUCAUUUUUGGCCUCGUGGAUAACUCACAACCCUGGUAUGUUGCGCUGGUGGUCCAAAUUUGCUUCUCCUUGUUCGUGCAGAUGGCGGAAGGGACCAGUUAUGGCAUCGUGCCUUUUAUGAACAAAGAGCAGCUGGCUGUGGUCUCUGCACUUGUAGGUGCAGGUGGCAACCUGGGAGCUGUGAUUGCGGGCUUUUGCUUUUAUCAGCCCAUCCAUCACCCAUUGCUUCCCUUCCAAGUGCAUGCUGGCUAUGUGAUGUUCUGGGCGUUGCUGACCCCCUGCUACUAUUGGGCUGAGCAUGGCGGCAUGUUCCACAAGCCGGCGCCAGUAACCGUGGCAGUUGAGAAGAGGAGUUGUCCAGAGAACGAUGAGAAGCCUCAAGAUGAAACUUCAGAGUUCUCUCUAUAA